AUGGAACGUUGGCUUAAAGGCGUUAAACGUGUUGCAACAACAUCUUCUAACGAAGCCGAAUGUUCAAAAGCAGUACGCAGUUCCACGGUUUCAAAGGCGAAAAAAAGGGAGUAUGAUGAAUCAUAUAUCAGUUUCGGAUUUGUUGAUUCCAACGGCUCACCUCUCUGCAUGUUAUGUAGUAAACUGCUUCCUAAUAGUUCCAUGGCACCUGCCAAGUUGCGCCGACAUUUAGAAACUGUACACCCCGAGCCUAAAGACAAGAAUAGAGAAUUUUUUGUACGUAAAAAAGAACAGUUAUCGGAAAGUCAAAAAACUAUGAUGCAAGUAACCCAAACUAUCAAUGAAAAGGUCACAAAGGCAUCAUAUUUAGUUAGCUAUCGCAUUGCACAUGAAGGUGAAGCGCACACUAUCGCUGAGAUUUUAAUAAAACCAUGUGUGUUAGACAUAACAAAAUGUAUGCUCGAUGAAAAAUCUGCAAAGCAUCUUUCUACUGUGCCACUAUCAAACGAUACUGUUUCACGUCGAAUUCAUCUGGCAAGCUACGUCAAACAAGAGCUAGUUACACGUGUACAAAAAACACGAUUCGUCAUGCAAAUGGAUGAGUCUACUGAUGUCGCUGGUCUGGCUAUCUUGCUGGUUAUCGUGAGAUAUCCAUAUGAAAGUUCUUUUGAAGAAGACAUGCUUAUGUGUUCACCGUUGCCCACAAACACUACGGGAGAAGAAAUUUUUACUAAAAUAAAUAUAUUUUUUGAAGAAAAUUAUCUCAGUUGGAACGAUUGCAUUGACAUUUGUACAGAUGGGGCCAAGGGGUAA